AUGGCGUGGAACUUGUGUGGCAUGUUGCCAAGACAGAAUGAAGAUAGGCCACCGAUAUUCCUUGAAUGGAGGUCUUCUAAUGGCUUCAUUAUGUUUGUGGUUGCUUUCGCGGUCUUCACGGAUGUUCUGCUCUAUGGACUGAUCGUUCCUGUGGCGCCGACUGCCUUGCACCAAAGGGUCGGGUUGCCAGUAGACCAAGAACAAUCAUGGACAUCUAUUCUCUUGGCCCUGUAUGGAGCAGCUCUAUUAGCAACGUCGCCCAUCGCGGGAUACAUAGCUGACCGAUUCGAAUCUCGAUGGUGGCCGCUCAUCACAGGGCUGUUGGCCCUGGGUGCCUCCACGGCUCUACUCUGCGUAGGGACUCACAUUGGUCUCUGGAUAGCAGGACGUCUUUUCCAAGGAGCAUCCGCAGCGGUCGUUUGGACCGUCGGGGCCGCGUUGCUUGUCGAUACAGUCGGCAAGGAAGGCCUCGGGCAAGCGAUGGGUUACCUUGGAAUGGGUAUGACUAUAGGAAUUAUGGGCGGCCCUCUAAUUGGAGGUGUUGUGUACGCUCGUGGCGGAUACUAUGCAGUGUUCGCCCUAGCAUUUGCUCUGGUUGGAGUGGACAUCGUUCUGCGGCUCGUCAUGAUUGAGAAGAAGCAUGCGGUGAAGUGGAUUCAACAAGAAAAACAAGAGAACCCGCAAAUAUCGCCCUCCGAAACGAUAGAAAAGGGCUCUGGGUCAGAAGAUGCCACUGAAGCUUCGCGCUUCGACGCACCAGAAAAUGAUUCGGAAGAACAGGUCGCGAUUGGACAAGCGUCGCCCAAAUCAUAUGACAGCUCAAAUUCCCCAAAGGCGACGAGCGCCGUUUUUACUCUCCUGGCCUCGGACAGAAUGCUGGUCACUAUCUGGGCCUAUUUCAUCCUCUCUGUCCUUCUGAGCUCCUUCGACAGUGUCCUUCCCCUUUUUGUUGAGGACACAUUCGGCUGGGGCCAGACAGGUCAAGGGCUCAUCUUUAUCCCUUUGUCUAUUCCUCAUCUUUCUGAUCCGAUAUUCGGUAUGAUCAACGACAAGUAUGGAAAUGUCCGACGCUACAUGGCGGCAGGAGCGCUGUUUGCAACCGUUCCAAUUCUGGUGUUGCUUCGACUUGUCACCCACAACUCCAUGGGCCAGAAGGUCUUGCUAUGCGCGUUGUUGGUCCUCCUUGGCUUCUGUGUAGCCUCGCUGAUGCCUCCUCUGUUGGUUGAGGCAUCUUAUAUUGUGGAGGAAAAAGAAGCGAGAAACCCAAACAUCUUUGGAAAGGGCGGCGCUAUGGCGCUAUCAUAUGGAAUCCUCAACGCAGCGUUUGCUGCUGGAACGAUAGUCGGUCCGUUCUUCGCGGGGUUUAUUCGGCAAAGCGCGGGAUGGAAGACCAUGACAUGGGCGUUGGCCUUGCUGACUGGUUUCUCUGGUAUUCCUAUACUGUUGUUCCUAGGUGGGUUUCUCUUUACGAAGAAGAGAAGUGAACCGACUCCAUCUCCAGGUGGAGAGUGA